UCUUGCGCACAGUAGAACAAUGUUUGCACUCAGGGAGGUCCUGACCAAGCGUUUCUUGAGGGCGAUUACCGGCGAGUUUGUGGCGACUCUGAUCUUCAUCCUGGUCGGCUUGAGUUCGACAAAGUGGGCAGGGAAGGAAGACACGCCCGAGUCCUCCACCCUGCUGCUGAUCUCGCUGUGUUUCGGCCUGAGCAUCACCACCAUGGUGUUCUGCUUCAGCCGCAUCAGUGGGGCUCACAUCAACCCCGCCGUGACCGUGGCCAUGGUCUUCUCCCGCAAGAUGAACAUGGACAAGGCCUUCUUCUACCUGGCCGCUCAGUGCCUCGGGGCCAUUGCGGGCACCGCCAUCUUGUAUGUGGUGACGCCCAAAGCUGAGGGAGGGCCCUUUGGAGUGACUAUGCUGAACGCUGACGUGUCGUUGCUGCAAGGCGUUGCGGUGGAGCUGCUGAUCACGUUCCAGCUGGUCUUUACCGUAUUCGCCACCUGUGACCCCCAGUACAGUGAGUUCCAGGGCACUGCUGCUCUGGCUAUUGGCUUUGCGGUUGCCAUCGGUCACCUGUUUGCAGUACCUUACACUGGAGCCAGCAUGAACCCAGCUCGCUCUCUUGGGCCUGCAAUUAUGGCCUGGAAUUGGGAAUCCCACUGGGUCUACUGGGUGGGUCCCAUCGCAGGCGGACUCAUUGCCGCCAUUUUGUACAAGUACCUCUGCCACCCCCACCUGCAGUUUAAGGAGUGUGUCCUGGGGGAAUUCCCCAAGAACUCCUCGCAGCAGCCUGAGGAGACGGAGUCUUUCCACAUUCCCCACACGGACACGAGCCCAAAGAGCGGGUGGCUGCAGUCUCUACGGGCCUUCCUCCUGGAGAAGACGGAGAACACUGAGCCCAAGCCUCUCAGCGCUAUCGAUGAGAAGACCACCCAAAGCCCAGAGCCGGUCUGUGUCCUUCCCCCUGACGCAGAGAGGGUGGAAGACAAGGGCUCCGUCGACUAUCCUCGGUAUCAACUCAACUUAAAAUUCUAA